GGGCCCCUGUCUCCCGUUGGCAUCGGGCUGUUCCUUCUCUCAGCGGCAGGCAUUGUCUACUAUUUUACGAUCAAAAAGGAGCAGAUUCGCAAGGAACGCAUCGAGAAUCAGGGCAAGCAGGGUAGCGUGGGCAAGCCCGAGGUCGGUGGACCCUUCGAGCUGAUCGACCAAAACGGCCAUGUGUUCAGCGACAAGGAUCUGCGGGGCAAGUUUGCGCUGAUAUACUUUGGGUUUUGCCAUUGCCCAGACAUUUGCCCAGACGAGCUGGACAAGAUCGGUGACGCGCUGGAGAUUCUGGACCGCAGCCCAUUGACUCGCGGUGUUAUCCAGCCGGUGUUUAUCACGUGUGAUCCGCAGAGAGACUCGCCGGAGGCUAUUGCCGAGUACUUGCCGCAGUUCCAUCCCAAGUUUGUUGGUCUGACGGGAUCGAUCGACCAGGUGCGCAGUGCGUGCAAGGCGUUUAGGGUGUAUUUUAGCAAGCCGCCAAAGGUCGCCGAUAACCAGGAUUACUUGGUUGAUCACUCAAUUUUCUCAUACUUUAUGGACCCCGAUGGCGAGUUUAUUGACGUGUACGGCAAGGACAGGACUGCUGAGUACAUGGCCGCGGACAUUGAGCGGCGCAUCAAGCAGUUUGUAGAUGCCGGG